GCCGAGCCCUGCAAGACUUGAGCUUGUCCGCGUCACUGCCGGAUGAGGCAGUAGCUUCUUCUCCAAGACCAGUCACGGGAGAAGAGCGGAGGAUAGGUUUGGGUGAGAUGCCCUGUGACACAGACCUGCAGUCCUUCUAUGGCCAGGUUCUACCGCUUCUCCAGGGAACAUUGGUGGGUGCCCUGAGGCCACCCAGAAAGUCCCUGGAGGAGAGACUACUCGUUCUGAGCUCGGAUUUUCAACGCCUAGAGCUCUGGAUGCAGUCGGGCGCAGACGUUUCAGACAGCCCCAUCGCGCGGAAACGUGUGGCAGAUGCCUUUCUCAGGUUGGAAAUGCUGACCCGAGUCCAUCUUCCGAAAGCAACGAUGAUGGCGCUGCAGCAGAAGGCUUCCGUAUCUUCAAGGAGCAAGUCAAGGUUCUGUUUUCACUUUGAGUUUGUCAUUAUGGGAUCCGACACGUGGCGCCUUGCCACAAGUGAUGUACAAAGUUUGCAGGUCAUUCUGCGUGCGGUUCGGGCUUUGCUCAUGUCCAGGGGGAAGUUGCGUGCCCUUGCUGUCAGCAGAAGUGGUGCAAGCAUUGGCAGGCGGCCGCGGCGUGCCAAGUCAGCCGUCUAG